AUGUAUGUUCUACCUACAUUGCCCAUAUCUGACAAGGCACAAGAAGUGACCGGCCUAAGAAUGGUGGAUCACAAGAUGCAGUACAAUGGAACUAAUGUAGAAGCUUAUUCCAUAUAUGAAGCUUUGAAAUCAUAUUGUGAUUGGUUAGAAAAAUUUCAGAAUGUUGUAUUAGUUGCGCAUAAUGGCAGAAGAUUUGACUUUCCUGUUUUGUUGACGGCAUGUGACAAUGUAGGAUUGAGGGACAGAAUGUGUAAGUGUGUUGCUGGAUGCGCGGAUUCACUGUCUAUAUUUAGAAAAGCAUACCCAAACAGGAAGUCUUACAAACAGGAAGACCUUGCAAAGGAUCUAUUGGGAGCUUCAUACUGUGCUCAUAAUGCUUCAGAAGAUGUCUUGAUUCUUGGUAAACUUAUUCACCACUUGGACAUAUUAUCUGUUGAUAUGCUGCCACACACAUUUUCAGCAAAAUCUGUGUACAAUUCCCAGUUGUGCAGUCGGAAGAAGUUGAUAACACAGCCUGAUUAUGGAAAAACCCUUAUUAACUUGCUGUCACAUGUAAAUGAAUUUCUUGGAAAGAACAGAACAGUUCCUUUAUUUCUUUCCCAGGGUACAUGGCAAUACAACAUGAGGGAAACGUUAUGGAUGAGCAAAUAG